AUGCGGUGAGCUUUUCUCAGAAUUCACUUUCAAACGCGACGACAUUGCCUGGAUCUGCGAACAGCACUCCGAACCCGACUCCGAACCCAACAGAAGAAGCCGUGACCCAUUCCGGCUUGUUUGACCUUCCUGCCGAUAUCUGCAGUCAACUGCCCAAGACCUGUCAGACCGGUUGUCUCAUCGCAUUCCAUAUUAUCUUCCCGGCGUUACCAUCUUGGACAACAUCAUGCCUGGCGUUUUGAACGAAGCUCUUGCGGUCUACGAGCAGCUGAAGAAGGAGUUCAACUCACCUAAAGCGGACCUGCAGAAAUGCGGUCAAUACCUGGCCAAGCUAAAGAUAUAUCUCACGGAGCUGUCGUUCCUUCUGCCUGGUGACCGCACCGCUGAUGCGCAGGAGCUUCUGUUAGCACGUGAAGUGCUGGAGAUUGGAGCACAGUGGAGUAUCCGUGUGAAGGACAUCCCGUCGUUCGAGCGAUACAUUUCGCAGCUGAAGACGUACUACAAUGAUUACAGCAAGCAACUCCCCGAGUCAGCCCGCACCUACCCCCUCCUAGGCCUCAACCUCCUCCGCCUGCUAGCACAAAACCGGAUCUCCGAGUUCCACACAGAGCUGGAGCUCAUCAACCCUGACCAGCUGAAUGACAAUGUGUAUAUCCGCCACCCUAUCCAGAUCGAGCAAUGUUUGAUGGAGGGCAGCUAUAACAAAGUGUGGCAUUCAAGAGCGAAUGUGCCGGCUGAGGAGUACUUGUUCUUUAUUGACAUCUUGAUGGGGACGAUCAGGGAUGAGAUUGCCAGGUGUAGCGAAAAAGCCUACGACAGCCUGCCCAUCCCCGACGCGGCCACGCUUCUGUAUUUCAAAUCCGAGAGUGAGGUUACGGCUUUCGCCACUGAGCGUGGCUGGAAAGUCAAUCCCAAGACAAAGAAAAUCACGUUCGGCGUGACGGACACGGACAACACCGAUAUCCCCGCUGACCAUGUUAUUUUGCAGACAUUAGAAUAUGCGAGGGAGCUGGAGCGUAUUGUGUGAUUUCGAUUGAUGAAUGUGAAAAUCUGCGGGCCCUUCGAACAUAUUCUUCUGCCACGCACAUGGCGCAAACUGUACAGUUGUGUUGGCCUUGCUGGGCGUCCGUUGCUGUAGCACGCAGUAGAUACGGAGAUCGAAUUCAAAAUGCAU